AUGGUGGCAAAUAGCCCAGGAGGCAGAGAGGCUGUAGCGGUGGGGCGUUUUGAGCGGUGUUCUCCCCGGUGCCUCACUGACCACCUUCAUGCUAUGCUUGCAUGCCCCAGGGUCAGCAGCAGCCUGUCCAGCGAUGAGGUCCUCCUGGAAGACUUGGAGACAGAAGGACAGCGAUGCAAGUCGAAGCGGAGGUGCUUUGCCCCUGCAGCUUUUUACAAGCCGUUUGGGGAAGAGGCUGCAGGGGCUUUGACCCUGUCGCAGUUCCAGGCCCUGCAGGAAAGCAACAAAGAAACUGCCUCUCUCCGGGAACUGGGGCUCUCCGACUCGGAGAUCCUGCUCUGGCAAAACCGGGCUGUCUUCCAGGGCUCUGGACUGGGAGCAGCCCCGGAGGCCACGCAAGACCGACUCCAUGCCAUCCAGGAGAAGAUGGAAGAGCCACAGAGCAUACUUCGUCCGGCAGAGAUGGAGAUUGAAAAUGCCCUCUUUCAGGGAACAGACCGCCACUCCUUCCUCCGGGCACUCUACCACCAAGAUGAUACUCCGAAGAGGGUAACAGAUGAAAAGGAUCCCAUGGCUCAUCUGGAGAGUGUUUACCAAGAGCUGCUGAGCAAGAGGCCUGAAGAAUUCCAGCCUACCAAGAGUGACCCAUGCUUGUGCCUUUCCCUAGCCCCGCAGGGGCCUGUGGCUGAGUCAUCAUCGCUUCCAGACCAGGAAGAGCAGGCAGAACAGGCAACAAGUCCCAGCCUUUCUGCAGCAAGGCCCCACCAAUCCCCUCCAAGGCCUGUGAUUAUCAAAGAGCCUGUAGCAUUUGUCCCAGAAGAGGAGAUCUGCAAGAACCGUCUCUCAGAGGAAGAACUCCGGAGUAUACCCAGGUUUUCGUCUUACCGUCCUGGGGAGCCCAACAAAGUGCUGUAUUUGAAGAACCUGGGCCCUCGAGUGACGGUGAAGGACCUAGUGUCCUUGUUUGCUCGGUUCCAGAAGGAGGACAGCCCACCGAUCCAGUUCCGCCUCCUGAGCGGCCGGAUGAGGGGUCAGGCUUUCAUCACCUUCCCUGAUAUUCAGUCGGCCCAGGACGCCAUGCUGUUGGUGAACGGGUACAAUCUGCAGGGGAAGCCGCUGGUGAUUGAAUUUGGGAAAAGCAAGGGGCAUUCACCAGAGGCUGACGCUGCUAUCCCCUGCUCGUCUGCUGGAGAGACCCCCCCAGCCAAGUAA